AUGGCUCAACAGCGAGCGGGUCAGAAGAGGAAGGUGGUGGAGGUGCCACGACCAGAGGCGGAUGAGAGUGAAGAUGAGAUCGUGGAGGGUCUGAUCAAUGGAGAGCUGAGCGACGAGGGAGAGAGCGAAGAAGGGGACUCGGAUAGUGUAGAGGGAUUUGAUGAAGAAGAUGAAGACGAUGAUGACCUGGCAAGCGACGAGAUACCUUCUUCUGACGAUGAGGAAGAUGUACGGCAGCAAUUGCGAGAUUUGAAGACUGGAGGUCGUGAAAUUACUCCGGACACAAAGUUGAUGGGGAGCGAGACUGGGAAAGAAGUCAGUCUGUUAUCACACGAGACAGCAGUAAGACCUCUACCGCGAGAUAGAUCGGAUCAACAAAACUACACCAUCUCCACAGACGCCAAUGGCAACCCUCGCUUUAUCUACGGCGAGAUCGAUCCGGUCUACGACUCAGACGACUCGGAUGCGCCAGCCGGUGGCAACACCAUCGGCGACAUCCCUCUGUCCUACUACGAAGCUUAUCCCCAUAUUGGCUAUGACAUCAAUGGACGCAAGAUUGCACGACCAGCCAAGGGCGAGGCGUUAGACUCACUACUCGACAGUAUAGACAUACCUGAAGGCUGGACCGGCCUGACGGAUCCCGCGACCGGCCAGCCGCUAAAGCUGAGCAAGCAGGAAUUGGAAGUGCUGCGCAAGAUUACGCGCAGCGAGGUACCUGGCGAUGGCUACGAUCCAUACCCUGAUAUGGUCGAGUGGUUCACUGGCAAAGGAAUGGAGGAGGUGAUGCCAUUAUCUGCUGCGCCCGAACCGAAACGCCGCUUUGUACCGUCUGCGCAUGAGCAUAAGCGUGUCAUGAAAAUGGUGAAGGCAAUCAAGGAAGGCCGUAUCAAGCCAUACCAACCAAUCUCCGAGGAAGAUCGCGAGAAGGCGGAGGCGUUGUUGGAGUAUGCCUCAUACGAUGUCUGGGCGAACGAGCAAGCUCAAGCCGAUCAUCCCAUGAACAUCCCUGCGCCGAAGCUACCACCGCCGGGGUAUGAGGAGUCGUAUCAUCCUCCACCCGAGUACCUACCCGAUAAGAAUGAGCGCAAAGCCUGGGAAGAGCAGGACGAGGAAGAUCGUGAUCGUGAUUUCCUGCCUAGCGACCAUGGUGCUCUGCGAAAGGUCCCCGGGUACGCGCAAUUCGUGAAGGAUAAGUUUGAGCGGUGUCUGGAUCUGUAUCUUGCGCCUCGCGUGAGGAGGAGCAAGUUGAAUAUCGAUCCGGAGUCGCUUUUGCCUAAGCUGCCGGAUCCCGCUGAGCUUAAGCCGUUUCCGACUACUUGUACAACCAUCUGUCGGGGUCACGAGGGCAGGGUGCGCACGCUUUCGUUUGAUCCGACUGGACGGUGGGUUGCGAGCGGUGGCGACGACGGGAAUGUGCGAGUGUGGGAUCCGAGCACUGGACGGCAAGUAUGGCAGAUUCGGCUUUCGAGGGAAGAAGCUGUCAAUGCUGUGGCAUGGCGACCGAGCGAAGAUACGUGCAUCAUUGCUGCUUGUUGCGGCGAGACUGUGCACUUCCUGAUCCCGAAGAACGAGCUAUGCGCUCCCGAUACUGAAGCUCGCAGCCAAGAAGUCUUAUCCGCAGGUUUUGGGUACGCGACUUCGGCGACGACGAGCAAAACUGCAUCCGGACAAGAUAAGCCCGCAGCAUCCACUUGGUCUCGUCCUUCCGCCCAGAUGCAAGACCGCGGAUGUCUCCUCACAUUGAGCCUACACACGACCCCAAAGAUACUGACCUGGCACCGCCGCGCCGACUACUUCACCACCAUCUCUCCCAGCACAAACGCCACCUCCACAGCAAUCGCCAUCCACACCCUCAGCAAACACCUAACCCAACACCCCUUCAAGCGCCUCAAGGGCUUGGCCCAAACCGCCUGCUUCCACCCCACCAAACCCCAAUUCAUCGUCGCCACCCGCCAACGCAUCCGCAUCUACGACCUCCAGCAACAAAAACUAGAAAAAGAACUCCUCCCCGGCGCCCGCUGGAUCUCAGACAUCUCCCUCCACCCCUCCGGCACGCAUCUUCUAAUCUCAACCUACGACAAGCGCCUCCUCUGGCACGACCUCGAGUUGGGGAAUACCCCAUACAAAACCCUACGCUACCAUUCCCGCGCCAUCCGGUCCGUGGCUUUUCACGAGAGGUUGCCGUUGUUUGCCGACGCGAGCGAUGAUGGGACGCUGCAGGUUUUUCAUGGGAAGGUGGUUAGGGAUAGUUUGGAGAAUGCGACGGUUGUGCCGUUGAAGGUUUUGAGGGGGCAUAGGGUUACCGGGGUGUUGGGGGUGUUGGGGGUGGUGUGGCAUCCGAGGGAGGCGUGGUGUGUUUCUGCUGGGGCGGAUGGGGGGGUUAGGGUUUGGACGUGA